AUGAGUAGAAACCUGGCGCGGGCCGCUCCUCCUCCGGCUGCACCGAGGCCGCUCUUCGGCGUUGAGAUUGAGGUGUUCGUGCGACUCCUCCCGGACGUCGAGGACCGCAUCGUACAAGCUGGAUACGACUAUCCGGACAGCUUACCCGAUUAUUGGCUGCAAUGGGAUGAAAACCUCGAAAACGACUCGAGGAACCAGCGUAGCAAGCACGACCAGCGGAAGAGGGUUGGCAAAGCCAUCAUGGGAAUCAUUGAUUCCGCUUUAGGCCCCAGGAAUGGUUGGAAGUGCGAGUCCGACGAGAGCUUGAAAGAGUCUCUCCUCACGGAGCCGCAUGAUACUCGCAGAUGGUGGGGCAUCGAGAUCAUCUCGCCGCCCAUGUCGGUUAGCAGGAAAUGGCAAAAGGAGAUAGAGACUAUCUUCGACGUCGUCGGCGAGUCAUUCGACUUUUGGACCAACGAGAACUGCGCCUGCCACGUCCAUGUAUCUCCCGGGCCGACAACGGACUAUACAUAUUCGCUGACCGAGCUCAACCAGAUGGCAAAGGGCGCCUAUUACUGGGAGGAUGCGCUCUGCGAUCUCCUCCCGAUCGAGCGCCGUGAUAACCGGUACGCGAAACCCAACUACACAUACUUCGCUCACCACGAGUAUAUGGAUGUACUCAGGGAUGGCUGGGGCCCCGUCUUUGACGAGCUCGACUAUAUAACCAGCCAAGGCCAGGCUGAAUUCCUUUAUACUAUGUCAGGCGGACGCACCCAGACCAGAUAUGUCUCGACCAAUUUUGAUCCCUUUACAUCAUACGGAACCGUCGAGCUUCGUCGCCAGGCAGGCGCGGCCUCGGCCACCACCGUCAUUCACCGUGUCCUCCUUGCCGUCACAUUCCACGUCAGUUGCAUGCGUUUCAAUUUCUCACAAGUCCGGAACGCAAGAGGCUACCCAAGCGGCGAGGCACUAAUCAAGGAGCUCGGCGCAUGCAUUAAGCUGCUCCCCGACACGUGCCUCGGCUCCCGGUUCCUGAACUGGCUCAAGUACUGCCAGGAGACCUAUGCGGACGACCGACCCUCCCUGGAAACGGUUAUCAACAGACAGGAGCGCAGCCUGCGCAACGGCGGCGACGUCCCAACCGCCGGAGGAGGCGGAGCGCGCAGAGGAGGAGGAGGCACAUCGCGGGGCGGGGGUGCCUCGUCACCGGCGUCGUCCCGCGGCCCAUCUCGGCAGACCGUCGUCCUCCCCGAGCGCACCCGCGCCCCCCCUGCCCCGGCCCCUGCCCCCGCCGCCCCGCGCCAGCGGCGACAGGCCCGCGAGGAGUCCCCCCGCCCGCUCGCGCGCCGCCGCACCCAGGCGGUCCGCGACGACCCCCCCGCCCGCCGCACGGCACCGCCCCCGGCACCAGCCCCGGCACGGCGCCAGACAAUCCGCGAGGAGUCCCCACGCCCGCUCGCGCGCCGCCGCAACCCCCCACCCCGAGACGACGACCGCCGUGGGGCCCCGCCGCCGCGCCGCAGAGCGGCCGACUACGACGACUGGCGCUGA